AACUAAAUUAUUUCAAUCUGGUUUUAGGUGUCUUUGUGUCCAGUGUUGUUCUGGUCUUACAACAGCGAGCACUUUUCAAGUUUUAUAUGAUCGCCUCGGCGUUUCUGCUGGCUGUGACCUCGGUGUUGGUGAAUUACUAUGCUUCUUUGCACAUAAACUUCUACAGUGCCUACUACACAGCCGCAUUCGGAAUUCAGAUCUUCCCUCAUAAAGGACCUUCGCUCUGGAUGGCACUGUCCAUCCUUCAGCUUACCUUUGGAAUCGGAUACGUUACAUUGCUAAACGUGCAGUCCAUUUACUCUCAACUCAUCAUCCUGGAUAUCCUGAUACCUGUAAUUGGCUUGGUUGUUGAAUUACCUUUAAAUGUCCGACAGACACUAGUUUUUAUUUCAGGCCUAGUUCUGACACUAAAUACCACAGCCAUUUUAGUUAUGAAAAUUAAAUGGUUCUAUUAUUCGGUACGGUACGUUUAUCUGCUGGUAAGGCACAUGUAUCGCAUUUAUGGAUUACAGCUGUUGAUGGAAGAUACUUGGAAAAGGAUUCGGUUUCCAGCGGUACUGCGUGUCUUCUGGCUGACGAGACUUACAGCACAAGCUGUGGUAUUAACAUAUGUUGUAAAGAUGGCUGAAACCAAUACAGAAGAAAAAUUCUUCUUGAUAUCGUGGGAUAACUGUUGGGAACUGAUUUGCAGUCUGAUCAUAAGUGGGUGUGACUCAACUCUAACUGUGUUAGGCAUGAGUGCCGUCAUUUCCUCAAUAGCGCAUUAUUUGGGACUUGGUAUCUUGGCCUUCAUUGGAUCAACGGAUGAGGAUGACAAAAGGCUUGGUUUUGUAGCGCCCGUCUUGUUUUUCAUUUUGGCUUUGCAGACGGGUUUAAGUGGACUGAAACCAGAAGAACGAUUAGUUCGCCUCAGUCGAAACAUGUGCCUUUUGUUAACUGCAGUCCUGCAUUUUAUCCAUGGAAUGACAGACCCCGUGCUGAUGUCUCUCAGUGCCUCCCAUGUGUCAUCGUUUCGCAGACACUUCCCCGUACUGUUUGUUUCCACUUGCCUUUUCAUCCUUCCAGUUCUGCUCAGUUACAUCCUCUGGCACCACUAUGCACUAAAUACGUGGCUUUUUGCAGUUACAGCAUUCUGUGUAGAGCUUUGCCUAAAAGUAAUAGUUUCUAUCACUGUUUAUCUAUUGUUUAUGAUUGAUGGCUACUAUAAUGUGCUAUGGGAAAAACUUGAUGAUUAUGUCUAUUAUGUUCGUUCAACUGGCAAUAUUAUUGAGUUUAUAUUUGGAGUAAUCAUGUUUGGAAACGGAGCUUACACAAUGGUUUUUGAAUCGGGAAGCAAGAUUCGUGCUUGCAUGAUGUGUCUGCACGCGUACUUCAACAUCUACUUGCAGGCAAAGAAUGGCUGGAAGACUUUUAUAAACCGCCGAACUGCUGUUAAGAAAAUAAACUCACUUCCAGAGGUAAAAGGAAGUCGGUUACAUGAAAUUGAUGAUGUCUGUGCAAUCUGCUACCAUGAGUUCACCACCUCUGCUCGCAUUACUCCAUGCAACCAUUACUUUCAUGCACUUUGUCUUCGGAAGUGGCUGUACAUUCAGGACACUUGCCCAAUGUGCCAUCAGAAAGUAUAUAUUGAGGACAAGGAAAAUGCCAAUAUCUCUAACAACAAUGGGUUUGUGGCACCAAAUGAAGAUCCUGUACAGGUUGCUGAAGAAGCUGCUGAUGCUGAAAAUGAAUUAAAUGAAGAUAAUGACAGUUCCGAGAGUGAUGAGGAAGACGAUGACUGUGUGGCACAGCACUUGAAUGAGACUCUUAAUGUUGGCUCUAACUCUCUUGGUGAUUAAGAUGUCCUUUACUAAGCCGUGAGGUAUUUGUUUAAGGUUGACUUUGACAGUAUCACUUUGUAGUUAUUGUACUUAAGCACAACAGCAGUAUCUCAAUGUUGAGUCUGUGAAUGGUGGUUGUUUACUGUGGUGUGUGCUACUGUAAAUAUACCUCUAAUUUUUGCUGGUCUCUUUCAUGACCACCUUAAAAUUAUGUACAUUGUUGUACAUGGAAUAAAAUGUUUUCACAUGUUU